CUAUGGUUGCGUUCAGUGUUGUCUGUCCUCCUUGGCUUCGCUUUUGUGUCAGGAUGCUGCUUGUGAUGUUUAAAUGUCCUUUCGUCAUUUCUGGUUAAACGUGCACGGCAUUUAGUGGCUUUAAUGUUCCGUGCGGCUAACCGAAAAAGCAUCGGCAAAGCGGGGAACAGCUGGCACUUUCGCCGGACAAUGGACGAGCUGGUCCAUGAUCUGGUGUCAGCCCUGGAGGAGAGCUCGGAGCAGGCGGCUCGCGGUGGCUUCGGUGACGGCGGAGAACACGCUUUGAACGUGGGCUGCCUGCUGAAGAGACAGGCCCGUAAGCGCCGGGGACGCAAACGGCGCUCCGACAACCCGCACCCGCCCUGGGAGACGGCCCACCUGAGCGAGGGCUCUGAGUCCAGCGUUGAAGAGCACAAGGACUACCGAGCUGGCACAGGAAUUGUGUCCACCGCAAACAACCACACUCGCGACAACAGCGACUCGGACGAACAGCUGGGCCCCAAACGCCGCACGCCGCAGACAUCCGACGCGGGUAGGAGCAAGCGGCCCCUAUGGCCGGAUGACCCGGGCGUGCUAGGGUCCGCCGAGGGAACCCGCAGCCUCAGGCGACGACGCAAGGUCAAGCGCAUGGCCGUGGAUCCCCCCGCCGAACCGGACCUCCCCUCCGCAGUGAUGCCGGCCCCACCGUUCGUCCCCAAGGCUCGCGCAGCGGGCGCCGGACCCAGCCGGCCGAGCCCCGGCGAGGGCCGGGCGGUCAUGGAAAUCUGUGGCGGUGGCCCGUUGCUGGUGACGGGAAGUAAGAACAGAAUGAAGAAGAGGAAGCUGGCCCCCCACAGGCUGGGGGCGGAGGCUGCCGAUGAAGGAGUAGUGGUGGAGAGCGAGGAGCCUGUUUCAUCUGUGGGGGAAGGAUGCAAGGACAAAAUGGAGCUGGAGGAGCACAAGGGCUCUGAUGAGGAGAUGAGCGACAGGUGUGAAACCAGCAGCGUGAGUAACAGCAGCGACGGAGGCCUCUACACCAACGACGAAGGCCGGCAAGGUGACGACGAGCAGAGCGACUGGUUCUGCGAAGGUGAACCCGGCUCGGGCAGUGUGGGUGCUUGCGGGGUGGCGGGUGUCAUCCCGUGGUGGGAGAGCGAUGCCUGUGCAGAGGACCUGGACCUGAACGACCCAGUCUUCAGCAACAUCCUCACGGGCUCCUUCCCUCUCAUGAGCUCCAACACCAGGAGAGGGUUCCAGGCCCGACUCAGCCGACUCCAGGGGCACCCGAGGCCCUGUAACGACCUACUGCAGAGCGGCAGCAGUCAGGCCUUCGACAACGGUCACGAUUUCGCCCUCAACAGGCCGUGGUUCAGCUCAAGCUCGAGGAGGGAACAUGGGCAGUUACACUGGGACCCUCGGACGGAACGAGGCCAUCGUAGGAGCUGCUCGGUAAAAACGGCCAACAGACAGACGAGCGGCCACCUGGGCUCUCUGUGCAUGGGCGACGUCAAGCGGAGGCGGAAGGCAGCCCCCCUCGGGUCCACGGCUUCCUCAGCUGUGGUGGGCGAGAGCGCGCUGCCUAUUCCUGACACCAACCUGGGCAACCGCAUGUUGCAGAGCAUGGGAUGGACUCCGGGUGUGGGCCUGGGUCCCGAGGGGCGGGGCAUCACCGAGCCCAUCCGGGCCCUUCAGAGACCGAAAGGCACGGGGUUGGGUUUCAUCUGAUCGCCGACGAGCCAACUCGUGUGACAUCAAAGCUGCGGGGGUGGGGGGAUAUCUGCGUGACGAAGACUUGAUUUCCCAUAUUGGGGAGAUGGAAGUGACCCGAAGCAAGACUGAGGUCUUACGACCUUUUCUGCCUCAUCAAGCGUUCAGGCCACCAGAAAAGUUGAGCCACUAAUGAACUCCAGCUUGGACUGCACAGGUCAGUGAAAUUGUUGCGCGCAAUCUGGAGCAUACGUCAAGAUUUCUCGUAGUGUCAUUAGGUGAAGUUAUAACGUGUGGAUGGAUGCUCAUCACUCCGUGUUGUCUUCAUCUUGAGGAAAAAAUCUGUGUGUUUGUUUUGCUCUUUAAGGUAACGUAUGUGCAGCUAUUUGGGACAAAUUUAAACGAUUACAUUUUUUUACUGUAUUUUCACGACAAUAUGGUGGUCUUAAAAGGCGCGGUGUCAGUUAUUAGUGCGCUUUCUGUAUUUAAUUCAUACACAAGACACACUGCAUUAUUGUACAGAGGCCUGGUAAAAUGUAUGGUAGCUUCCAAAACAGCUGCUAGCAUGCAUGCAUGCUAGCGUAUGUUUUUAAAAAGGCAACGGCAGCAAAACUAAAUUCGUGGUUAUUUAUUUCACAAUGUGUUCACACUAUUUUUGGAUCGAUCCUCAUUCACAAGUCCAUCGAAGGGCGGCCAAGGCAUGGAAACAAUUUUCUGUCCAUUAUCAUAGCACCCGAGAUCAACAGGAAAUGUAGACUUCUUUGCGUAUCGCUACGGUGCUACUCCCCUUAUUUUCGACAGCGUGGUUCACCAGGUUGUCGAGGAGAUGGACCUCCUUGAAAAUGUGGGAUUUGCCAUUUCUUCUCCAAGCGUUUUUGCCCUCAGUCGAAUGGUGACUGUAGAGACGUUUCUCCAGGCUGUUCUUUGGGACUGUGAAGCCAUUGUUCGAGUUGGUGUUCCAGCUCGGGACACCUUGCCUUGUUUCCGCGGGGAUUCAGCUUUGUCUCCUGCUUCUUCUUCUUGCGAAGCAUGGAUUUGUUUAUCUUAAAUUCUCUCGCGGCUGUUUAAUUGCCAUGUUCCUUAUCCCUUGAAGUUUAAGAAAAGUUUUAUUAGUCUCGCAAUGGAGAAAUUGCCAAUUCGCAGCAGCAAAGUUAUGAAAGGAAGUACAAGAACAAAAUAUAGGAGCUGCUGGAAAGGCAGCCACUCUCGCGGGGGCAUCUUUAAGUCAAAAUAACAAAACGCGACACACAAGACACAGACAGUCGUGCAAAUUUGAACUGUUCUUCGUAAGCGUGUCUCUUCAAAUAUGCCGGGGGGUCCGAUUAUAGCCACCUACUCGUGGGCGUGCCUUGAGCAUCCUCUUUCACGCCCAUCCUUCCCAUUUAACAUCCGCAUGCCAUCUUCCGUUACGUCCGCCUUUCCUUUCACACGGCCACCAUCACACCGCAACAUUCACCGAUUUUAGAACUCAGUGGAUAAAUUGGGCUCCCCCGCGUUAUUAGCCGCCCCGUCGAUUAAAAUGCGCCCUAUCGUCGUGAAAAUUCAGUA